UCGAAUCCAAUCCAAGAGAAGUUGUGUGUCCUCCAUGCGGUGUUUCGUUGCUGCCGCAUGAAGCUUUUCAGUUGCUAAAAGCCCACACUUACUUGGGUGCAGUGAAUAACGCGCCGUUUUAUCAUGGGUCGCAAAGCAGACUUUAACGAAAAGCCAAAGAAACGACGAUCGAGAAAAUCGAAGAUCCAGCCUCCGCCGGAGAUACCAAAGGCCUUGAAAGCGGAGAAGCCGCUGUCAAGGCGGGCGCUGAAAAAGUUGAAGAAAAACCAAGCCGUGAAGAACGCCAUCACAAGCAAGGGGAUCACCUAAAAGAAAGUAGAAGGAGAAGAGGACGAUGACCAGUUGACAGGGAAGGUCCAGUCAUUUUCUGACGACAACAAGAAAUGGCUGAAGCCAAAGGCGGCGAAGAAGCAGCUCUUGGACUCUGAAGAUGACGGCUCUGACGAUCAGCAAGAGGAUUUCGCCGAGAGCUCCGACGAUGCUGCUAUGGAUGACGAGUUUGGUGGUUCGGAAAGCGGCGAUGAUGAAGAGGAAAGUGAUGACGAAGAGCUGCCCAUUGAAGCGGCAUCACGGAAACUUCAGAAGAGACAGGAAGAAGACAGAAAAUUAGCUGAGGAGGAGCUGAAAACAAACAUAGCUGAAUCUGAUGUCUUCACACUUCCUAGUGGACAAGAAAUCGAGAAGGAGAAGGCUGAGCCUCCUGAUCUGGCCAUUAUCAGUGAGAGGAUAAAAGACGUCACAUUUGUCCUCAAUGACUUUGCGAACAGAAGGGAACCGACAGGUGGGUCCCGUUCUGAGUAUCUGGAAAUUCUGAAGCGAGAUUUGUGUGAAUACUACAGCUAUAACGAUUACUUGAUGCAAAAGUUUAUGGACCUCUUCUCACCUGCUGAGCUGAUAGAGUUCUUGGAGGCCAAUGAGGUGAAUCGGCCAGUGACGAUUCGUACCAACUCAUUGAAGACGAGGCGACGUGAUUUGGCUCAGGCUCUCAUCAACCGAGGUGUCAACUUGGAUCCAAUUGGAAAGUGGUCCAAGGUUGGACUUAUAGUCUACAACUCACAGGUCCCAGUUGGUGCCACUCCCGAGUACCUGGCCGGCCACUACGUUCUGCAGGGUGCGGCCUCCAUGCUUCCGGUCAUGGCACUCGCCCCUCAGGAGAACGAACGAAUCCUGGACAUGUGUUCCGCUCCCGGAGGAAAGACGAGCCACAUAGCUGCAAUUAUGAAGAAUACGGGGGUUCUCUUUGCCAACGAAUUACACAAGGAACGUUGCAAGGCCGUUGUUGGCAACCUGCACAGGCUGGGCGUGAACAACACCGUUGUCUGCUCUUAUGACGGGCGAAAGUUCCCUGAGGUUGCCAAAGGAUUUGACAGAGUGCUACUGGAUGCACCAUGCAGUGGUACAGGUGUUGUGUCCAAGGAUCCUGCUGUUAAAACAAAUAAGGAAGAGAAAGACAUUCUCCGCUGCUCUCAACUUCAAAAGCAGCUCAUUCUUGCUGCUAUCGACUGUGCCGACUGCAGCGACAACAAGCCAGGAUACAUUGUGUACAGCACCUGCUCGGUUAUGCCCGAGGAAAACGAGUGGGUAAUUGACUACGCCCUUAAAAAGAGGAAUGUCAAGUUGGUGCCGACAGGGCUUGACUUCGGCCGGGAAGGCCUCACCAGGUAUCGUGAGCACAGGUUUCAUCCUACACUGAACAAGACCCGGCGUUUCUACCCACACUCGCACAACAUGGAGGGCUUCUUUGUGGCCAAGCUGAAGAAGUUUUCCAACACCAUACCCAUGACUACCAUCACAGAAGAAAAGGAACAAGACAAAGACGUGGAGUCCAAAAAAGCUGCUUCAAGCGUCAAGUCCUGAUUCGGAACCCGCAAAGAAGAAAGCUAGGUUGGGAAAAAAACGACCCAACUUCUGACAAACUUUCCUCCACCUCCUCUCCAGCAGUCCAAAUCAAGAAGGGCAAGAACAGGAGAAAGAACCUCAAAAUGAAGAAAAAGAAGAAGCUGCAGAAGCUACAGGCCAGCAGGGAUAAACCGCAGAAUAAAUCGGAGAAGCCUGACUAUGGCAGCAAGGAACACGAAACUGGACAAAGCAAAAAGCCCCGGAGCCAGCCCGAGAAGGUGCAGUCAAAGAAGAGCUCAUUCCAGAAGAAGGAUGGCCCUGGAAAGACAGUCCGGAAACCGAAGAGGAAAAAGUUUCCCACUGCAGAUUGAAGGGCAAAAAGGGGGAGCUGUGUAUUAAAGAUUUUAGGUCAGUGGCCUAAUUUUAAGGUCGUGACUGUGCUGAACCCUGUCGUACCCAGCACAUUCUAUAUGGUAUGUCAUGUUCUUCGUUUCACAAGCUGUUGGUGAGUAAAGAAGCAUCUGCACAUUUUUAGUGUGGAGUACAGCCUAAAAAA